GUUUAUUAUACAGUUCCAAAAAAUCGAAUCUUAUUGCAUACGCCCACUUGAUAGCGGGAACCAACCACGGAACGGCACGUACGAUUUUCGAGAAACGAAAUCCGCAUUAUCCCACAAGUGCUUGAGUAUGUACGACGCAAGAAUUUAUAGAUUACGGACGUUAUACCACAAAAGCUUUUUCUAGCAAACGUAUUAUGCGAGCAUCAAGUUGAAAUGAAAGUUUAAUGUGAGAAGUUGGAGUGUUAGUGUUUUAUUAUGGUUAUGUUAUCGAUGGAAAAGAUGAGCACGCCGAUUAUAAUCACAGUGCCUAAUAACUACCUGACGGCGGACGAUGGCGACUCUAAGGUCGUUGUCGACGUGGCUUCAAGUUCGCCGUCCAGGAAACGCCGACUGGAUCAUCUGACAUGGGAGGAGAAGAUGCAAAGGAAGAAGCUCAAAAACCGUGUGGCGGCGCAAACCUCACGGGACAGGAAAAAGGCUAAAAUGGAUGAAAUGGAAAGUCGAAUCCAGCAUUUCAUGGAUACUAACGAGCGGUUGAUAGCUGAAGUGGAAAACUUGAAGGCGAUGAACGAGAGGUUGCUCAGCGAGAACGCAUCGUUACGCAGCGAGGCCGCGGCGCGGAACGUCGCGGGUGCCCCGAGACCAGCAGAGUCUCAUCCUCAGCAGAAGGAGGGGCCCCCGACGGCGAUCCGCGCGGCGCGCCUGCUGCUGACGAUGUGUCUCCUCUCGCAGACCUCCUCGCGCACCUCGACUCCGACGACUACCUCGACUCCCUGCAUCAGCUCGCUGACUCCCUCCUCAAGGAAAUUGAUGCAUCUGCUGCAGGAGAGGUUGCAGAUGUCAAAGUCCGGGUCUCUGGAGAGUGCACUGAAAGAGCUGAAAUGGUGGGGUCCGCAGCAAAGCAACUGGAAUCCAGUCAAAAUGGAGUCGUAGACAUCAAACAUGACAUCAACAGGAUACUGGCACAGCACUCUUACGCACAUCCCUACCCUACAGACACAGUACAAAUAAAAGAAGAAAACGGAGACAAGGGUGACAUAUUCUAUGCGAGCUACGAGGCAAAUGAUUGUGUCACUAUUGAAGUACCAUGUGAAGACCAAGUUGUUGAAGAAACACAUGCAACAAAAGUGGAAACACCAACUAUAACUUCAAUAAAAGUUGACACUCAACCUCUACCUUCAAUAAAAGCUGACACAUCACCCAUGAAAGUCGAUACACAAUUUGAUAUGGAGUUUAAUGAAUUAACAAACAAUGGGUCAGAAAUUACUCUUGAGUGUGACAUGAAGUUACUUUCACCCAUGACACUAUCACCCAAGUCUAUGGAGGAAAAUCUCUUUGGACUUUCACCGUCCCAUACAAACUUCAGCUCGGACUUAGGAUACGAAUCGUUGGCAUCCCCGCUCAGUGAGUCAGGCUCUAUGGACUUGUCAGAUUUUUGGUGCGAAUCAUUCUCGGAAUUGUUUCCAGGCCUAGCGUAGGAAGUUCUAUGUACUUUUUUCUCACCAAAGACUGACUAGUUUGUAAGUUCAUCUGACGCGCGUCACGUUAGUUGACAUCGGCACACCUCUGAUGAUACUGCUAUUACAACUUUCGUCACGAGAACAGGUGUUUUGAUUCCCUAUGUCAUGAAAAUCUUAACUUCUUACCAUAGGCAUUUUAUGACGUAAAUUUUGUCACUUCUAGUUUCACGUCACAAUUUGUAGAAUUAGUGUUACGGUUUUAAUGACAUAACGGCAAGGGCUCUGUUUUUAAAAUAUCCUAAAUAUGUUAAGUUUUAAUUAAAUUGACUAAAUUAAAUGACAAAUUAGUUAAUAUAUUUAAAGUUUAUUAGGUAUAUUAUUUAAGUUUAAUUUAUCAUAGUUGUGCGAUGUAGUUUAGUGUAGGGACGUAUUUAAGUGCUGUAAAUAAAAGUUUUUUUUUGUCAA